AUGGAGGGUGGCGGCGGCGGCGGCGGGGGGCGCUGCCCCGGUCCCGGUCCGGCGCUGGCGCUCCGCGGGGCGCUGAUGGCCGCCAGCGGCGGCGGCCGGCUCCUGGCGGCGCGGUACAGGGAGCCCGGUGAUGACAGUCUCUUCGUGUACGAUUGCAUCAAUGCGGAGAAGACGACCUUAGGAAAUAAAGGGCAGGAUGAAAAACCGACAGAUAAAGGAAGCGAUGACAUCCUAGCUUUUGCCUUCUCCCCAUCAGGAGAUUAUUUUGCCUUGACAGAUGACAGCAAACGUCUGAUUCUGUUCCAUACGAAGCCUUCCUGGGAAUGUCUUAGCGUCAGGUCCGUGAACAGGAGAUGCACUUCCCUGAUUAUUACAGCUGCAGAGGAUAAGAUUCUGGUUGCAGACAAGUCUGGUGAUGUCUAUUCUUACUCAAUAACAGAACCCCAAGCAGAAGGAAAACUUGAGCUGGGUCACUUGUCACUGCUAUUGGAUGUGGCACUGAGUCCUGAUGACCGAUAUAUCCUAACUGCAGACAGAGAUGAGAAGAUCAGAGUCAGCUUGGCAAAGGCUCCUCAUAAUAUUGUAUCCUACUGUCUGGGACACAGAGAGUUUGUAAGCAAAAUACUUGUCAUACCCAACUAUCCUGACCUGCUGUUGUCAGCUUCUGGGGACUCGACUCUGAGACUUUGGGAGUACAAAAGUGGGGAAGAAGUGUACUGCUGUCAUCUAAGUAGCAUCUGUGGGUCUGAGACAACUAAAACUGACCAGAAAUACCCUGUGUCAAGAAUAACCUACUGCUGUCAAGGUGGUUAUGUUGCCAUUCUUUGUGACUGUAUUCCCACAGUCUACGUCUUUCAGCUUGAUGCCAUUGCCCAGCAGCUAGUUUACAGACAGCAAAUCUCUUUGAAACAUAAAGUUUGGGACAUCGCAUUUGAGGAAACAGGAGAUCUAUGGAUUUUGGAGGAAGACAGUGAAGCUCCUCUUCAAUUGUACAGACCAUGUGAUGGACAGUGGAAGCCUGUAACUGAUGACAAAGGAUUACAGAAGAUGUCAAAAUAUCUUCAAGACAACUGGACAGUGUUUGAAGGUUUUGUUGGCGCAGAGAGCCACUACAGCAGUCUCUACAAGGCUUCAUUUGAUAACAUGGCUGCCUACCUACAGAGGAAAGAGGAAAGGUUACAGCAGCAGAAAAAGAAAAGGCAGGAUCUGCAACGUGGUUCGAAUGGACAAACAAAAAAGAUGAAGACUGAAGAAUCACCGCUAUGACACUGUUGUUAGCUUGUAACUUUUGCCUGGCUGAAAGGAACUGAUCUGACUGCAGACUGUUUUUAAAUGUAAAAGAAAUUAUGGAAGAAGACUGGUUUAAAAUUUUAUUCAGAUUCAGGUUUUCAGGUAGCCUGAUGUGAAAAUACCCUGCUUGCAGCAGAUAAUGCAUUUACGAUAUGCCUAAGCUUCUAGCAGCAUACAAGUGUUAGCGGUUCAGUCCUAGGAAUCUCUAAUGCAUGAUAUAUCAAUAUUGGAGAUGGUAUUUUCCUUGAAACAGGAUUUUCUUUUUGCCUACUGUGUUCAGGCUUUCUUCUUCAGGUGGGAGUGCACGGAUUAAAGUUGAUGUCAUUU